AUGGAUUCAAAGUCACUAUGCUUCAUAACCCAUCAAAAAAUUUUCAAUGUGGUUCGAUCUGGGGACCUUGAAGGACUCAAAGAGAUACUGAAACAUGUUGAUAAAGGUGAAUCCUCAAAUGGGUCAGUGUCAUCGUCGAUUUCUGAGUUCAUGUCCAUGCAGAAUGAUGCUGGAGAGACGUUGUUGUAUAUAGCUGCAGAGUAUGGUGUUAAGGAGGUUUUUGGUUUCUUGUUAAGUUUUUGUGAUUUGGAGAUACUCAAAAUCAGGUCUAAAUCUGAUAUGAAUGCCUUUCAUGUUGCAGCUAAGCGUGGCCAUUUGGAUAUUGUGAGGGAGAUUUUGAGGAUUUGGCCUGAGGCUUGUAAGUUAUGCGAUUCCUCGAACACUAGUCCACUUUAUUUUGCUGCUGUUCAAGACCAUUUGGAUGUGGUGAAUGCUAUUUUGGAUGUUGAUGUCAAUUCAAUGAUGAUAGUGAGGAAAAAUGGAAAGACUGCCUUGCACAAUGCUGCUAGGUAUGGUAUUCUUCGCGUGGUAAAAGUACUUAUUGAGAGGGAUUCAGCGAUUGUUUGCAUUAAAGAUAGGAAGGGCCAAACAGCAUUGCAUAUGGCUGUAAAAGGACAGUGUACUUCAGUAGUUGAGGAGAUAUUACAAGCUGACCCGAUUGUAUUGAACGAACGAGAUAAGAAGGGUAAUACAGCUCUUCACAUGGCCACUCGGAAAGCUCGUUCGCAGAUAGUGAGCUUUUUGUUAAACUAUACAUCUAUGAAUGUCAAUGCCAUCAAUAAUCAGCAAGAAACAGCCUUGGAUUUAGCAGAUAAACUUCCGUACAGAGACUCGUCUUUAGAAAUCAAGGAAGCACUUUCGGAAUGUGGUGCCAAGAAUGCGAGACAUAUAGGCAAAAUGAAUGAAGCCAUAGAACUUAAAAGAGCAGUGAGUGAUAUAAAACACGAGGUGCAGUCACAGCUCAUACAGAACGAAAAAACUCGCAGACGGGUUUCAACUAUAGCUAAGGAGUUGAGAAAAAUCCAUAGAGAAGCAAUUCAAAACACCAUAAAUUCUGUCACAGUAGUUGCUGUCCUUUUUGCAUCAAUAGCAUUCAUGGCUUUGUUCACAUUGCCAGGUCAAUAUAGAAUGAUACACCCAGAGGCAGGGAAGGCGAACAUAUCUCACGACGUUGCGUUCAGUGUCUUCUGCCUUUUGAACGCAACGUCUCUUUUCAUUUCUCUCGCGGUUGUUGUUGUUCAAAUCACUUUGGUAGCUUGGGACACAAGAGCUCAAACGCAGAUCGUUUCGGUGAUUAACAAGCUUAUGUGGACAGCUUGUACAUGCACUUGUGCAGCUUUUCUCGCUAUAGCUUUUGUUGUUGUUGGAAACGAAAGGUGGAUGGCUAUAACUGUAACUGUUUUGGGAACUCCGAUUCUAGUUGGGACUCUUGCAUACUUGUGCUACUUUGUGUUUCGGCGACAUUUUGGAUUCCAAAGGGAAUCACAGAGAGGGAUAGUUAAGAGACCAAGUAGAAGCAAAUCGCGGUCGUGGUCUUACUCGGCACAUAUAUCAGAUGAGGAGGAAUAUAACUCUGAUGUUGAGAAGAUUUAUGCUCUAUGA